ACCAGUUCGGCUGGAUUUUGGAACAUAUUACGGUAUAUAUCACCAAAGGGUCUGAAACCACAAGUGUAUUACACUGUGAGACGCCCAUCUUGUCCACAAAACUUGAAGCUUCAUUUCUCUUAUCCAGAUUUUCAACUCCCAUGGCCAUGGCUUCGAGUAACCACCAUGAGCUUCACUUCAUUCUGAUUCCUCUAAUGGCCCAAGGCCACAUGAUCCCAAUGACGGACAUAGCAAGAUUGCUAGCUCGGCAGGGCGUCACCAUCACCAUCGUCACCACCCCAGGUAACGCUUUCCGAUUCAAGCCCAUCAUCGAUCGGGCAGCGGAAUCCGGCCUCCAAAUUCAACUUCUCCAACUUCGUUUCCCAUCUAAAGAAGCCGGACUCCCAGACGGGUGUGAGAACAUCGACCAUGUCCCCACACGAGAACUGAUGGAAAACUUCUUCAACGCUACGAGCAUGCUCCGACCAGCCUUAGAACAAUCUCUUCAAGAAAUGGUUCCACACCCAAGCUGCAUAAUCUCCGACAUGGCUCUCCCAUGGACAUCUCAUACGGCUCUUAAGUUUGGGAUUCCAAGGUUUUUCUUCAAUGGUAUGUCUAGCUUCAGUCUCUUAUGUAACCAAAACUUACUCCUUUACAAGCCACAUGAGAGUGUCGAAUCCGAUUCGGAACCUUUCAUGGUUCCAGGGAUGCCUCAUCGAAUCCAGUUAACAAAGUCUCAGCUACUUCGAACUGCUCGUGAAGAUGAACCAUUAUUCCAAGAUUUUCUAAUACAAGUCAGAGAAGGUGAGCGAACAUCGGAUGGUGUAGUGAUCAAUAGUUUUUACGAAUUAGAAUCUAGUUAUGUUGAUGGGUACCAAAAGCUUAUGGGGAAGAAAGCUUGGUGUGUUGGUCCUGUGUCACUAUACAACAAAGAAGCCUCAGAUAAGGCUGACAGAGGUAAUAAAGCAGCCAUUGAUGAGGUCAAAUGCUUGGAGUGGUUGGAUUCAAGAGAGGUAGCUUCUGUCGUUUAUGUCUGUCUUGGGAGCUUAUGUCCCUUAGCUCCUUCACAAUUGAUAGAAAUUGGGUUGGCCUUGGAGAGAUCGAAACGCCCAUUCAUAUGGGUAAUCAGACAAGGUAACAAAAAUAAACCAUCACAAGAGUUGGAGAGAUGGUUUUUGGAAGAAGGAUUUGAAGAGAGGACGAAAGGAAGAGGUCUAUUGAUUAGGGGCUGGGCGCCACAAGUGUUGAUCUUGUCACACAGGGCAGUGGGAGGGUUUGUAACACAUUGUGGGUGGAACUCGACCCUGGAAGGGGUGAGCGCAGGUGUGCCUAUGAUAACAUGGCCCAUGUUUGCGGAUCAAUUCUAUAACGAGAAACUGAUUGUGCAGAUUUUGGGGAUUGGAAUAAGGGUUGGUGUUGAAGUCCCUUGUGAAAUUGGGUGUGGUGAGAAGCUUGGGGUGUAUGUGAAGAGUGAAGAGGUUGAAAAGGCGAUUGGGAUGUUAAUGGAUGGUGGCGGAGAGGAAGGAGAAGUGGUAAGGAAGAAAGCUAGAGAGGUUGGGGAGCUAGCGAAAAGAGCAGUUGAAGAAGGGGGUUCUUCUCAUCUCAACCUCUCACUAUUUAUUCAAGAUAUAAGGCAUCAGGUAGAACAGAAACAUGCAGCAACAAUCAAUUUGGAGAGGAGUUCCACUAGUCAUAUAAGGUAGGAGUUAGCUUCUGAUGCACUAACUCGUCCUAGAUUCAGGUCUUGUUAAAAGUGAUGGAGGACCUAGCUGAUGGCAAUGUGGUAGGUUGGAUUCUUUUUAUUAGCUAUUGAUUUUUGUGGUUACUUUAAUGUAUUCUUUCAAUAAAUUUAAGAGGAAAUUACAUUCCCCUCCCUUGUAUGUUUCAAGUAUUACAUAACCUUUUCCUACGAAGUUUGAAAUUACACUCCUUUUCCUUCUAAGUUCUAGAUUCUAUCAAUAGCACUCUGACUGUGAGUGUGGAACCAUUAAGUGUAUUAUACUUUUUUCAUAAACCCCAAAAUACCAUUAGCCUAUAGGAGAUGACGAAUUUGCCCCCAACUUAUUAAGACAAUGGAGGGUUUACACUCCAAACUUCUACUCUUUAUUCCUCAAUGGUUUUCGAACUUUGAAAUCGAAGAUUUUGGCGAUCGAAGGUGGUUUAUCUCCUUGAAGAUCAAAGUUCGUUCAUCGUUGAAGACCGAAGUCUAAGGUUAGAUUAAAUCGCAGAUUUGGGAGAGUUAGGGCUUCGAGAGAUUAAAUCGUUUAUGAUCGAAGUCUUAGGGCUUUGGGAGAACACAGAGGCUUUAAAGAAUCAGUUGCAGGGUACAAAGCAGAAAAGAUAGAAGAAAAGGAAAAAGAAUAUGAAGUAAGAAAGAGAAAUCUGAAAUUGGAAAGAGGGAUUUACGGUUCUAAAAUCGGUGAGGGAUUUCUAUUUCUGAAAUCUCAUUCAUUCUUUAUUUAUUCAAGAAAACGAUCUCGGCAACAGUAUUUGAUCGAAUGACGCUGGCUUCAUCUCCCAAGGCCUGAGAAUUUGAGAAGCCCUCACCUCUCUUCUACUCCUCGCCGUUCCUCAUUCUCUCUUGGAAGGUCUUUGCAAUUCUGCUUUGAUUUGUUUAUUCCCUACCAUAUCUCAACGGUAAUUUCAGAUCUAUUUUUCUUUUGAUUCCUGCAUAGAUAUACACCUUAUUUCUUCAAUUAUUCGAUGGAAUUUUCGUUUUCAUCUGCCCAUUUUUCUUAGUAUUUCACUUUCUUUUUUUUUCAUUUUUUUUUUUGGUAAACUCUCGUUUCUUCUCUAUUUUAAUGAAUUUUGGUAAAUGAUAUUAUCGGCCACAAUAUUUUUCUUUUAAGGUUGAUCUGUUGUUUUAUAUUGUCAAAUUAGGAUUUUUGGGCUUCUUCUUGUUCUUUAAACUGCUAAUUUUCAAUUAAUUAAAGAUUAUAGGUAGGGAGAGAAGGGAUUGUAAGAUUCUUGUACUGUGCAAGGAACUGGCAAGCUUGGAGGAUGGAGAGAAAAGAAGCAUGGAUUCACCAUCGCCGACGG